UUUUUCAUCUGCGCAUGCGCUGUAUACUCGGACCAUUCAAAUGAUUCAUGUGUGAACUUCAUAUAUGUUUUUUAAUUUAAUAAAGCAAGCAGAGCACAACAAAAAAAAAUGUCUGUCCAACCCUCCAACCCCAACAACCCGAUUGUCUUCUUCGACAUCACCAUAGGAGGACAGGAUGUCGGACGGAUGAAGGUAGAGCUGUUUGCUGAUGUGGUUCCAAAGACUGCUGAGAACUUUCGGCAGUUCUGCACUGGAGAGUUCAGGAAGGAUGGCGUUCCAAUUGGCUACAAAGGCUGCACUUUCCACAGGGUGAUCAAAGAUUUCAUGAUUCAAGGUGGAGACUUUGUAAAUGGCGAUGGUACCGGUAUCUGCAGCAUCUACAGGGGUCCAUUUGCAGAUGAAAACUUCAAAAUGAAACAUUCUGCUCCUGGACUUCUAUCCAUGGCAAACAGCGGACCGGGGACAAAUGGUUGCCAGUUUUUCAUUACCUGCACUAAAUGUGACUGGUUGGAUGGGAAGCACGUUGUUUUUGGAAAAGUGGUGGAUGGUCUUCUGAUCAUGAGGAAAAUUGAGAACGUCCCCACUGGACCCAACAACAAACCAAAACUGCCGAUCCUCAUCGCUCAGUGUGGAGAAAUGUGAUGUUUAAUUUUGAAAUACAUUUUGUGAGGCCCAAUGAGCUUUUUCUUUCUUUUCUUUUUUCGUUUUUUACACAAAAAAUGCAAUAAAUUGUACUUUUCUAAUUU